GAGAGAGAAGCAUUCUGGUAUCUGGAACACCUGCCAGCCACAGAGGUGUGGAAUAUCAAGCAGAUGAUUAAAUUAACACAAGAACAUAUAGAGGCACUGCUAGACAAGUUUGGAGGAGAACAUAACCCACCGUCUAUAUAUUUAGAGGCCUAUGAAGAGUAUACCAACAAACUAGAUGCUUUACAACAGAGAGAACAGCAGUUAUUGGAGUCUAUGGGGAACGGAACUGAUUUCUCUGUCUCCAGUUCAGCUUCAACAGACACGGUUGCAUCAUCUUCCUCCUCUAGCCUCUCUGUAGCACCUUCAUCCCUUUCAGUUUAUCAAAACCCUACUGAUAUGUCACGGAAUAACCCUAAGUCUCCGCAGAAGCCUAUUGUUAGAGUCUUCCUACCCAACAAGCAAAGGACUGUGGUUCCAGCAAGAUGUGGAGUGACAGUCCGAGACAGCCUGAAGAAAGCUCUAAUGAUGAGAGGUCUUAUUCCAGAAUGUUGUGCUGUUUACAGAAUACAAGAUGGAGAGAAGAAGCCGAUCGACUGGGACACUGACAUAUCCUGGCUCACAGGAGAGGAGUUGCAUGUGGAAGUCCUGGAGAAUGUGCCACUCACAACACACAAUUUUGUGCGAAAGACGUUCUUCACGUUAGCAUUCUGCGACUUUUGUCGAAAGCUGCUUUUCCAGGGAUUCCGGUGCCAGACAUGUGGCUAUAAAUUUCACCAGCGCUGUAGUACAGAAGUGCCACUGAUGUGUGUUAAUUAUGACCAACUUGAUUUGCUGUUUGUCUCCAAGUUCUUUGAGCAUCACCCCAUUCCCCAGGAGGAGACCUCUUUAGGAGAGACCGCCCCAGCAUCUUCAUCGUACCCCUCAGUGCCCCCCUCAUUGAAAAGGAUUUACCACACCCACUAUGCAGGAUUUGAAGCCAUUUGUAGACCUAAAUCCUCUUUUUCCUUGACUUUGUUUCUCAGACCACCAAUUCUCCCUAGUCCUUCUCCUUCAAAAUCCAUUCCAAUCCCACAGCCCUUCCGACCAGCAGAUGAAGACCAUCGGAAUCAAUUUGGGCAACGCGACCGAUCCUCUUCAGCCCCUAAUGUUCACAUCAAUACAAUCGAGCCAGUCAAUAUUGAUGACUUGAUUAGAGACCAGGGUUUACGAGGAGAGGGAGGUUCAACUGCAGGUUUGUCUGCAACCCCUCCCGCCUCUUUGCCUGGGUCACUCACCAAUGUGAAAGCAUUACAGAAAUCACCAGGACCACAACGGGAGAGGAAGUCAUCUUCAUCCUCGGAAGACAGAAAUAGGAUGAAAACCCUUGGUCGACGGGAUUCAAGUGAUGAUUGGGAGAUACCAGAUGGACAGAUCACAGUUGGACAAAGGAUAGGGUCUGGAUCAUUUGGAACGGUCUACAAAGGAAAGUGGCAUGGUGAUGUGGCAGUGAAAAUGUUGAAUGUUACGGCACCUACACCUCAACAGUUACAGGCUUUCAAAAAUGAAGUAGGAGUGCUCAGGAAAACACGACAUGUGAAUAUCCUGCUUUUCAUGGGUUACUCAACAAAGCCCCAGUUGGCUAUUGUUACACAAUGGUGUGAGGGCUCCAGCUUAUAUCACCAUCUACACAUCAUUGAGACCAAAUUUGAAAUGAUCAAACUAAUUGAUAUUGCACGACAGACUGCACAAGGCAUGGAUUAUUUGCAUGCCAAGUCAAUCAUCCACAGAGACCUCAAGAGUAAUAAUAUUUUUCUUCAUGAAGACCUCACAGUUAAAAUAGGUGACUUCGGUCUAGCUACAGUGAAGUCACGAUGGAGUGGAUCCCAUCAGUUUGAACAACUAUCUGGAUCUAUUCUAUGGAUGGCACCAGAAGUUAUUAGGAUGCAAGAUAAAAACCCAUAUAGCUUUCAGUCGGAUGUGUAUGCAUUUGGGAUUGUUCUGUAUGAACUGAUGACUGGACAGUUACCAUACUCAAACAUCAACAACAGGGACCAGAUAAUAUUUAUGGUGGGACGAGGAUACCUAUCUCCAGAUCUCAGCAAAGUACGGAGCAACUGUCCAAAAGCUAUGAAGAGACUAAUGGCAGAAUGUUUAAAAAAGAAAAGAGAUGAGAGACCCCUUUUUCCACAGAUUCUUGCCUCCAUUGAGCUUCUGGCCCGGUCAUUGCCAAAAAUUCACCGCAGUGCAUCUGAGCCCUCAUUAAACCGAGCUGGCUUCCAGACGGAGGAUUUUAGUCUAUAUGCUUGUGCUUCUCCAAAAACACCCAUCCAAGCAGGGGGAUACGGUGGGUUUCCAGUACACUGAGAAGAAAUGUGAAAGCAUGUGCCAGUGUGUCUGUGUGCUCGUGUGUUCCCAUGUGUGCAACACAUGUAUGUUCUCAAUUCCUACCAGCUAUUUCUUAGGGUGUGCUGAGGGAAUGAAAAUUCACUUCCUAAUGCUGGGCAUCGGAUGUCCAAAGUACAAAGUUUGUGCUGGUAAGGGAUGCCUUUGGAACAGCUGGCACAAGAAGAAUUAUAAGGUCACUUCAGAGAAAUGGGAAAAGUCACUUCAAAACAAGCAAAAAUCAUCCUAAGAUCACUGGUUUUCAUUUUUGCUUGUUGUGUCAUUUUUUGCCUAGUGUACUGAUUGGAGUUAGUUACUCACUAGUGUAUUUAAUUUUAAUCUGCUCGAGUGCUCAAGCUACCUUCAUUUUUUUUUUCCAGUUGAAGUCAUUAUAUUUGAGCAAUAAUAGGCUUUAGGUUCUUCGGUUAGUAAUACUCUCAUGUGUGGGAAACAAGGUGGAAAAUAAACUUAGCUGCAAGGCUGAGCUCAGUCAAAACUUUUUGUGGUCAGCAGAAGUGAGCAGGUACAGAAUCCAAAGAAAGAUCUUAGUGGUAUGUGACUUUUAUUUUGAAAGUUAAGGCUUAAAAUAGCGCUGCUUAGAGAACAUCUCCUCCUGCAGACGAGUGGUGGUUUGGGGCUUUUUUAUUUGUUUUUGGUUUUUGCCUAAAUGUUAUAAUGUGCUAUAGUUUAGACAGCUCAGUGUUUUCUUACAAUGCAACAUAGAAGGAAUUCUGAAUCUCUGUUUUGCUGAACUACAAGAAUAUUACUAAUAAUGAUCCCUGUACCCUUCAAUUAGCAAGGACUUCAAAAUUUAAAGAAAAAUUAUCUGAAGCGUAACCAAAAUCUUUAAAAGAAAAACACUGCUAAUACCCAUAAUAAUAAAAGAGCAUUUGAAAACAUAGUUAUUUUCAUAGAAAUCAGUAUUAUACUAUGAACUCUGUUAAAAUGAAACAUUUUAGUUACUUCAAUAUUGCUGUUAAUACUACAGAACAUACCCUCUGUUCAGUGAGGGAUUGUUUUUUUCACUUCCAUAUAAAAGCUGCUAGUUUGAUUGGAGGUGAGUCAGUUAGACUAGAAACCUAACAGAAAGCUAGAAACCUUAUCAAGAUUAGGUUAGCUCACUUGAAAGACUAUUUUUCGCUGGACCUUUUCUCUGAAACUGAUGAAUCAGAGUAGUGGUUGAGGUUGUAGCAGUCUUUGGUGUCAAAUAUGAAAACAGUAACAACUGUGUUGUUUCAUAUUUUGCAGUCAGGUGGUUUUGCUUAUUGUAAACUGUUAAGCUGUUCAUUUUCACAGAUCGUUUUGCACCAGAAACAAGCUAUUGCUGUUUCUGUUAGGACUUCAAGGGCCGGAAGUGUUCUUAAUGGCUUUUACAGAGAGGUUUGCACUUUUGCUAGCAAUAUGCUUUUUUAUUAGAUCAGAAAUUCAAAAAGGUUUUCUUUUCUGCUCUCUUUCUGGCAACUGAGUCUUUUAAAGUGGGAGGUGGAGUUAGCUUAGAGAGGGAUAGGUAAUUUCUACAUUUUUCAGGUCUGAAUCUCUUGGUCAUUUUAGCUUCUAUUGUUGGAACGGUUUUUGGAACUAACUUUUCUUUUUUCGUUACAUUAUGCAAGAAAAUUCCGUUGUUGAAAUCUAGCUCUAUGGAAACAGUUAUUGAAGACAAAUUUGUUAUUGUCUCAAAAAAUCUGUUUCCCAUCUUUCUGGUACUUCUACCUCAUCUUGGUAGGCCUAUCUUAAAAUGGAAAGAGGAUUUAAGUGGUUUUUUUUUUUUCCUUUUAUCCAUUAAAUUUUCUA